AUGCCAUCUAUUACUGCCACGACUACAACUAUUUCCGCCGGUAAUGGUAAUAAUAAUGCCAUCUUUACUUUGAAAAUGAAAGGUGCAGCCUUGAGCUCAAUAAUUUCAUCAAAAUUAUCAGAUUUAAAAAGUGAUUUUAACAUAGACACACAUUGUAUCGACGACAUAUCUACAACAAAAAACACUUAUCUAAAUGACCUUGAACCAUGGACAAAUUCAAUUCUUCAUACA